AUGCGGCGUCUAUCGGCUUUGGGCGUGCCUCAUAUCUGGGACUUGGCACAGUGCAACGAAUGCAAAGCCGAGAUUCAGGUCACCCGCUUCCACUGCUUCCAGUGCGGCGAGGGAGAAAACGAAGGUUACGACUUGUGCAGGUCGUGUCUCCCCGAAGGGAUGCGCAAGCAUAACCCCAAGCACCAAUUCCAGAUCGUGGAGCACCUGGACAUGACCAUCGACACCCUGCAGGAUUUCCUGGUCAUCAUCAGGGAGCCACAGACCAAGUGGGUGAAGAUUCGCCGUCCCUACCCUGGCGUCUCCGUGUACGAAGUGCGGUUUGGACGCAAGCACCUGUUCUACAGCACCACCCUCGCAGCUCAGGUCUCGCAGAUCGCCCGGUCCUUCCCCCAGGGCCUGAAGGUAGUCAAGGUGGCGGCCGAGGUCUGUGCACGUGAGCUGGCCGAGCAGGAGCGGCGGGCAGUGCAGCCGCUGCCGGGCUGUGCGUUCACCGAGAUGGAGGUCGAGUACGUCAUGCAAGCGACCGGCGCCUGUCGGGAGCGGGCCACCCAGGCGCUGGCCGAGUACGGGAGCCCUGAGACGGCGGUGCUGUUCAUCGGCGAGCAAGACGAGGGCGGGGACCUGCUCGAUGACGAUGACGAUGGUGACGACGGUGAAGAGGACGGCGAAGAUGAUGAGGAUGCCGAAAUGGAGGACGGUGACCCAGCAACAGAUGAGAAAGACGAUGGAGAGGACAACAACGACAACGGAGAUUCGGAGGAAGUGGACGACUUCGAAUCCUGCUGA